AUGGGCAAAGGUAGGGCUAUAGAUGCUGAGGACAUUGAUGCUGCAAACCACAGUGACCAUGACACCCAACUCCUGAACCUCAAGAAGCUGGGGAAUCUGUCCACAGCAGCAUUAUAUGAAAUACAUGCUUUUUCUACAUGUGACAUACUCAUCACUGUGGGAUUUAGUGUUAAGGCUUCUCAUACCAAAAUUAAUGAGGCCAACCUCUUCCACUCAUGGUAUUGGGCCACACAGCCCAAACCAGAUGGUGGUAUGGCUUUCCUCCCUCUCACAUCUACUGAGUACACCACCCUCAUGAUAGGCAUCCCCAAGGAUGACUUUUCAGCAAGGAGGGAAAAGUUAAAAGCCAUCUAUGAGUGGAGUGAGAGCUCCUCCACCAUACUGACUAAUCGAUCUGUCAAAUAUAUUGCAGCUAGAGUGGACAAUGCAAAGACACAAUUUUGUGGAUUGGCAGAGGUGUGGUCCAAUCUUGAGGAUAUUGAGAUAGUUGGACUGGUAAUGUAUGUUGGACAGGACCCUGCAGGACAUCAAACUUCUGGCAUAUUUGGAGGCUCUGAGAUGAUAAGAAACUUCAUCAAUGAAAAUGGCAUUGAUGUCUGGUCACUCAUGGAUAAGUAUACUGCAAUUUUCAAGUGUCUCAGGAAUGGCGACAGUGUGGAUGCCAGGGUGGCCAGCACUGGUUCCAUUGGAGAUGUGGGUUCUGUGCUGGAACUACAUUGCUGUACAAAGGAGACUCUGAGAGACUGCAACCACAGAGUAUUCGGAAGCAUGAUGAAGGAGAAGAUGUUGGCCACAUUGAGAGAUCUGUGCAGCAAGUUAUUCUUGUGCUUCACACAUGGCAUUGAAGUCAGUGAUCCCCAGAGAGUUUCCUGGCACUGGCUUCUCGAGUUUUUGUGGAAGAGCCACCUCACUAUUGUCAACUGGCCCCAUGGUGUAUCUCCACCAGGCCCUGGUUUUGAGUACAAGAAACUUAAGGCUGGCCCUCAUUGUCAACUUGUAGUACCUUACCUUCAGAGAAAACUGGGUCUUUUGUAUGAUGGGCAAACCAAUGAUGAGGAAGAACAAGAUAGUCUGGAUGAUGUGCUGGAAAUUGAGAUUAAGUGCUGGAAUGAAGAGGUCAUUGAUAAUUUGGACACUGACCCUUUGAAGGGUGAGAUUGCACUUGUCAAAGCUACUGAUGGUACUGUUUUGUGGCAGAUCUCAGAUGAUCCAGAGUGGCAGAAGUCCCUCAAGGAAAUGGAUUGCCAGCAGCAAGGCAUGGAGAAGCAACCCCACGUGGAGGCAUCAAAUCACAAUACUAUUGGUCCCCAGGCUUUACAGUCUGACUAUCGAACUGCGCCAUGCAAUCAAUACUGGGAUGCAUGCCCCAUUGUGCAAGAUUCACAUUGUGACCCAUCCACAAUUCCAAGCAAUGUGCACACUCGAGAGCCUGGCCCAUCCAAGCCUCCUGUGCCUGCUCUGUGA